ACCCACCCACCCAAGCAAGCCAGCCAACUAGCCAGCCAGCGGCUGCGCGUUUGCUGCGGGUGUUGUAAAGUGUGUGGGGCAGGAGAGGCAUAAAAGGAGCCAGUCUCGCUCUCCUCCUAAGUAGCCGCGAAGAAAAGCAUUGGGGAUCCCGCGGAAGCGAAGGCUUCGGCAGCUCGGCAGUUGCUCCGGGGAACCGCCAGGGGGCGCGCGCGCGAAGGGGGGGGGCAGGCGUUAGGUUCCGCGGCUGCUUAAGCGGUUCAUGGCGUUUCCCAGAGAGAAAGCGGGGGAGUGGAGGGCGCGCGAAGCCAUGGCUCACGGCAACCCCGUGCCUAAAUUCUACAAAUCAGUUAUUGAUGAUGUCAUUGAAGGGGUCCGGGAUAUCUUCAUAGAAGAAGGAGUGGAUGAACUGGUCCUGAAAGAGCUGAAGCGGGAGUUUAAAACUUUUAAUGCUGUCCUCUUGGCUUUCUGUUUAAACAUGACCUCUGUAGGAGUCGCUGUUGGCAAGGGAAUGCGACCGUUGAAUGCUACGGCGGCCGGCGGCACCGCCACCAAAACAACAACAGCAGUGACUGAACUGGGCACUUCCAGGGCUGGUGGUCCAAUCCUUACCCUGCCUUCAGGCCUCACCUGUCCCAUCCAGAUUCCUGCUGGGGUGACUCUACAGACGGCCUCUGGGCAUUUAUAUAAAGUCAACAUGCCUGUGGUGGUCACUCAGGCUCCAGGGGGUGGAAGUGUUCUCCAGAAUCCCGUUCAACAGAUGUUCCAGCCCCCUGGGAAGCAGACCUCAGCGUCUCAGUCCCCCACUGCCACCCUUCAAGCACAGAAGAUGGGAAUGGAAGAAGAUUCACCUUCUCUUGCUAUGCAGGAAGCUACAGGGAACCGUGGGGAGACUGGAACAGGGGCUCUGGUAAGCCAGCAGCCAUCCGAGUCCCCGGAGACUCCUCAAAAUGGUGAUGCUCAAGCCCCUAUUUCUGUUUUGAAGCUUUCUGAAUCAAACAGCACCGCGGGGGCCACAGAAAUGACAGCAGGCAGAUCUUGCCUUGCAGGAGAACUGGCAGUGAAUCUUGAGCAGCCGGUAGAUCCCAGCGAUAUAAUUGAGCUGAUAAUCAUGAGCAACGAGUUGGAUGAUAGCACCUUCCUGUCUGGAGAAGCCAACGUGCCUUUUGUUGAAGAGCUAGGUAGCAGUGUGCAGAUGGAGCAUGAUCUGCAGGCCCAGAAGGAUAUUGCUAAUGACCUUGAAAAAAUUAUUCAGCUAGAUGGAACAGAUGAUAUUUCUCCCAAGGGAAGAACAGAAAGUCCAAGAGAUGGGGAAGAUGAGGAACUUGUUGGCAACCUUGAUGCUCAAGAUCUGAAAGUCCUCGAUGAGGAGGAGGAGGAGGAAGAUGGUGAAAGCAUCCCAGACAAUCGGUCUCUGAGCAGCACUAGCGAUAACGAUGAUCCUUCCGUUGAUGUAAUUGAGGAGGACCCUUUAAAUUCUGGGGAUGAUGUCAGUGAGCAGGAGACGCCAGAUGUGUUUGACACUGAUAACAUAAUUGUAUGCCAGUAUGACAAGGUUCAGCGAAGUAAGAACAGAUGGAAGUUCUAUUUGAAAGACGGUGUGAUGUGCUUUGGGGGAAAGGACUACGUUUUUUCCAAAGCCAUCGGAGAUGCAGAGUGGUGAAAUGUAUAAAAAUAUCUACGGUGUUAUUGUUUGCUAGAAAUGCACUAUGUACUGUAAAUGUUGAGUUAAGAGGGAAUGAAAAUUCUUGUGUUCUGAAGUGCAGAAUGCAUGAAUAAUCUUCACAUGUGUAAAGUAUGUGACUUAAAGACAUAAAUCUUAUGUUAACAAUGGCUUCAUUACUGCCCCUGGA